AAGUAUUAAGCCUAACAUAGUAUUUAAAAAUAAAGGUACUUUUUGAUGAGCAACACAGAACUCAAUUAGGUCACACAAGAAAUUGAGGAUUUAAACACUAUUGUGUUAGAAAAUUUACAAUUUUUGGGACUAACUUUUUGCUGACACAAAUUCCCCAAAUAAAGGUUCGCAAAAAUUACUUCCGCAGAUAAUUUGUUCUCCUAAGGUAUACAUUACACGGUAGCGCAAAAUCCAAUACAACCUUGAAGUGCACCAUGGUCGCACUUGCUUAUUUAUAAUGGGAGGAGCUUUUGAUUUCAAGUAACAGCUGCUUUUUUACUUUUAUGAUAACAAAUCGUUGAAUUUCUUUUUUUUUUAAAAGGUCUUGUUUAGAUGCAAUGUAAAUUAAUAAUAGAAUUAAAAAUGGCGAAAGACUAUUUUUUGAUUUUUGUUGUAUACAAAAGCUUCGGCAAUUAGAGCAACUUAAAAGAGAAUAGACAAAAAACUGAAGUCGAUCUGUUCUUACCAUACAUCAGUUUGUAUUUUUCAAGUGUUCAAGCGUUUGUUAAUGGAACAGCUUUCCGCUGACUCUUCAAGCGAUACAAUUUGUUUUCUAUUACCUCUAAUGUCAAUACUUCUUGGAAAUCUUUAAAAUUAUUAAUGGAUUAUGAAUAACCACCACCCUUCCUGUAGUAUAUCAGAAAUUUAACUACAACUUUGCACAUGCUCGUUGUAAUCAAAUUAAUUCGUAGUCAUGACGAUGGCAGUAACGUCGAUACAUCGUAACAUGAGCGUCCCAUCGCUUUACUCUGUUUCGUCACGUGAGCGAAUUCAAGUGUCGAAAACAGUACCACCGGUUGUUGACAGUAAAGAGAACGACAUUAUAGUUAUUAAUAUUGCCGGCAAACGAUUUGAAACAUACCUCAGCACACUGAAAAGAUUUCCUAACUCAUUGUUAGGAGAUCCGGACAAAAGGAUCCAUUUUUAUAACAAAAUUACCGGUGAAUAUUUCUUUGAUCGAUCAAGAAAAGCAUUUAAUGGCAUAUUAUAUUUUUAUCAAUCAAACGGAGUUUUGGAACGACCAGAAGGUGUGUCAGAAAGCAUCUUUUCCCAGGAAGUUAUCUUUUUUGAACUAGCUGAAAACGCAUUAGAGUUUAACGAGCAAACUCACAAAAGCGAUCAAGAUGAUUCGCUACCUUUACCAACUAAUCCGUUUUUAUCGACAAUUUGGGUUUUAUUUGAGCGACCAACUUCAUCGAUAUUUGCUAGAAUUUUAGCUAUCCUAUCUGUUGUUAUAAUUGUGUUGUCAAUUAGUGUGUUUUGUUUGGAAACCAUUCCAGAUCUCAAUCCUGACACUAAAGAUGGAAAAUAUAUGAAAGAGACUUGGUUUAUAUUGAACACAGUAUGCAAUGUAUGGUUUACUUUGGAGUACGUUCUUCGUCUGAUCUCCUCACCAAAUAAGAUACUUUUUGUGAGAUCUACUUUAAACAUAGUAGAUUUACUCUCUAUACUUCCCUAUUAUUUCAAUGUCAUACUUGGAGCUAGUGGCGGCGGCAACAAGCUUGCUGUUUUGCGAGUAAUUCGAGUUAUUCGAGUGAUAAGGAUUUUCAAAUUAACUCGCCAUUCGAGAGGACUUCAUAUUCUAGCAAAUACAGUAAAAGCAAGUAGCCAUGAACUUGCCAUGCUUAUGUUAUUCCUAGCCAUUGGAGUUAUAUUAUUUUCAAGUGCUGUGUAUUUUGCAGAAUCGGAGAAAAACGAAAGUGGAUUUAAAAGCAUUCCACACGGAUUUUGGUGGGCCGUGGUAACCAUGACAACUGUUGGUUACGGCGAUCUGUAUCCUGCAACAUUUUUGGGAAAGUUAAUUGGUACCUUGUGCGCAGUAUCAGGGGUGUUGGUCAUUGCUUUACCUGUACCAGUUAUUGUCAGCAAUUUUGAAUAUUAUUAUAAAGAGGAACAAAACCGACAAGCCAGAGAAAAUGAAAUUCUUAAACAAUCAAAACUAGAUGAAGCACUUCCAACGAUACGAGGUAGUAUGAAAAUGAUGACGGAUACAUCAAUCAUUCUUGCUGGCGGAAAAUCAAAGGACGACUCUACGUCAGAGAAUCCAAGAAAAAAACUAAAAGAUCGAUUUCAUACGCAGUUUUCUUUCAGCAUGCGACAACCACUGUCUGACGAUUUUGACAGAAGCGCAAGAGAAGAGUUGAACGGAAACUCUUCCAUGGUGAUUAACGCUCCAAACUCAACCCAGAUCACCUGUAACAACACUGUUAACAAUGCGUGCGUUCAUACACACAUCUGCAGCGAUCCAAUUGAGAUUGAAUCUUGUAUUUAAAAGGCAAAAACCUCCAAAUGAUAAAGCUUGUGCCAGGCUUGCAGGAAGAAACAAUAGUAUCAGUCAAGAACCUUAAAUGUUAAUCGAUACCAACUGGUUAUGACAGACUUUGAGAAUAUAGCAUGCUUUCUUAAAGAAUGAAAGUGCAAGACACAGAAAUGUAAAUGAAACCGAGAGUUUUACUGCUACGGCGGUAAAAAGAGUAACUUUAACAAGGAUACGAACUGUAUCUAACAUAAACUGAAAAUAAAAAGACGGUUACAA